AUGUCGGUUACUAUUACUUCCAACAUUGUAUCCUUGGAUGUGUUGAUACCUAGAGUGAUUAACACGGUCCAUGCAGAUAUGGAUGUUGAGCGACUAUUACCUUGGGUAUUUCGACAAAAAGAAGUUGUGGUGGAAGAUGACAUAGAAUCCUGGCCUGACGAAGACUUUACCUUAUCCUUUUUCUUUGACAAUCUCCUAUCCGAUUGUGCUUUAUCAAAAACCCGCUCUUCCCCUCUCGAUGACUCCGGGAUCGAAAGCGUUUGGAGAGCGGUCGAGACUAUCAAAAUACCCUUGAGAAAUUGGGACUCAGAGGAGAGAAAGAAUCAUUUGCAUUUCAUUAAAUCACAAGGUAUGCUUCUAAAGUUUCCAAUAUCCACGCCGAAAAUGAAGUACAUUGCUGGUGGUACGCAGUACCAGGCCAGAUCAGAGGGCCAGAUCGCUAUCGGUCCCCGAGAGAAGAAUUUACCGAUCAUUUCCUAUACUGGAUGGUUUAUAGGACAGACAUGGCGUCAGUUUCUCGGGGAAAAACUCAGUAUAAUGCUGGGACAGCUUGCGAGCAAUCUAGGUGCCUGGAAAGAAUGUGACGGGUUGCAGGAUCAAGAAGUCUUUGUGGUCGGAUUUUAUGACUCCUGUAUCCAUGUUGCUCGCGGAGUAUUCACACUUGACACUGUUCUCAGAGCACAUUCACAAGGUCUUUCACAGCUUGAAGCGUUCAAUCUGGAAUUCACUCGAGGUUAUAACCUCUGUCUCAAGUGUGAUUGGCUCGAAGGCACUCGUGUACUAACAAGGCUUUUCCGUUACCUCUUCAGCGGCAGCUCAAAAGUUAGCGCAGUGCGAGUCAACCCCUAA